AUGAUCAACUACGAUCCCCGGCGGCGCGUUCUCGUUCCCAAGCGUAACUGGUUCCAGCGCAAUCCGCGCGUUUGGUCGUCGGCCUUGACCGUGUCGGCCCUGUUGGUCUUCUUCUCGAAGCCCCUGUACGACGCGUUCAUCGCGGAGGAGAACCCGAACAAACGCGAGCUUCGGUCGUUCCGGAUUGGGCCCAAGUGAAGUGGAGGAGGAUGGAAUCGGUGCGGAAGGCGAACCAGAGAUUGCGCAACUAUCCGGUGCUGUUGGCCAAGUGUUCGGUGGCGGCCGCCGCGUACGCCACGUGUGUAACCACGGAUUUGAACGUGGCCCAUCGGGUGUGCGAGAAGGAGUUUCAGCAGUUUCAGCUGUGUUUGCAGAAGGCCGCCCGGGAAAUGGGCACGAAGCUGUGAAAUUGUUUUGUGGACAAUGCGUUUUAGUGAAUAGUGAACGAUAUUUAGACUAACAGUUUCGGUGGGGAAAACGAAAGGAAGCAAUCUACUAACAACUUAUCAUUGUAAUAAACUUAAAUAUGUAAGUAUCUUCA